UUUUAAGCUUAAAAAUUGAAAUGCUUUUGGUAUUUGAUGUAUGAAGCAUACUCUUACACUUCAAAAAAUGAUGUUCUGGUUGGUGCUACAACAAUUGGCACUCAUCCUCAUACUAAUCAUUACUACUGAUGCUCUUAAUAAUAACGAAACUGAUCAUGCUGCACUAUUGGCUAUGAAGUCCAAGAUCCUGGACCCUUUUGGUGGGGGAGCUUUGAGUUCAUGGAAUGAGUCUUCCCAUUUCUGCAAUUGGGAAGGUGUGCUCUGCAGUAAAAGGCACAAGAGGGUCACUCUCAUUGAUCUAACCUCUUUGGGUUUGUCGGGCACCUUGUCUCCUCAUGUAGGAAAUCUCACCUUUCUUAGACAACUGGUGCUAGACAACAAUACUUUCCACGGGGAAAUCCCAAAUGAAAUAGGUGGCUUGUACAGGCUGAAAGUAUUGUCGCUCGAAGGGAACAGUUUCCAGGGCAGGAUUCCUGCCAGCCUGUCGCGAUGCUCUAACCUCGUGGAAAUAUGGGUUGGGAACAAUAAUCUGGUGGGAACCAUCCCCGAAGAAUUUAGCUCCUUGUCGAUGCUCAAGAGGAUCUUCGUAUACGAAAACAAAUUAACUGGAGCAAUUCCAGAAUCUCUGGGCAAUAUCACUUCUCUUGAAGUAUUCUCUGCUCCAAAUAAUCUCUUGGGUGGAACUAUUCCAAAUAACUUGGGGCAAUUAAAGAACCUCAUAUUUCUUGGAUUGGGUGGUAAUCAGAUCUCUGGUAUGAUCCCUUCAUCAUUGUAUAACCUCUCCAACUUGAAUGUUUUAUCUUUACCAUUUAAUGAUCUUCACGGGAGUCUUCCGCCCUACUUUGGCAACAUGUUCCCGCAUUUGGAAUUCCUUCAACUCCAAGAUAACAACUUUACCGGACAACUUCCAAAUUCAAUAGGGAAUCUUACCAAAGCCGUGAAUCUAACUUUUGACGAUAACGAAUUCAGUGGGAAACUGACAGUUGAUUUCAGCAGACUAGUGAAUCUCGUGAUUCUUCGUUUACAAUUGAACAAUUUAGGGAGUGGGGAUUUUGACGAAAUGCAUUUCCUUGAGUCACUUACUAAUUGCAGCAGUUUGGAAAUAUUGAACAUAUUUAGCAACAAGCUUAAAGGAGUGCUUCCCGAUUUUGUAGGGAAUCUAUCAUUAAAUAUACAUUUCUUCGUCCUUGCUGGUAACCAACUGCAAGGCAGGAUUCCUCCAACCAUCGGAAACCUUGUUAACUUGUUUUUUUUAGGCUUAUCUAAUAACAGAUUCACUGGGCCGAUACCUAGUACCAUAGGUAAACUUCAAAAGUUGCAGAGAUUUGCCCUCGGACGAAAUCAGCUUUCGGGUACUAUUCCGGAUUCAAUUGGGAAUCUUUCUUUGGUGAAUGAGCUCUAUUUCAAUAACAAUAACCUAGAGGGGACGAUACCUUCCAGUUUUGGCAACUGCCAAAGCUUAGUAUUAUUGAAUCUUCAACAAAACAACCUGAGUGGAACCAUUCCCAAAGAACUUUUCCAAGUUUCAUCUCUAUCGAUUUUUCUCGACUUAUCUCACAAUCACCUGUCCGGCCCACUUCCUUCUGAGAUCGGAGACCUCAAAAGUUUGGCGGCGUUAGAUAUCUCGAAUAAUAAUUUGUCCGGUGAGAUCCUUAGCAGUAUAAGCAGUUGUACCAGCCUCGAAUUCCUACUCCUGCAAGGAAACAUGCUCCAAGGAUCUAUUCCCAACUCGAUGGAAUUCAUGAGAGGACUUCAAUUUCUUGACCUGUCAAGCAAUAAUCUAUCAGGACAAAUCCCAACUUUCUUGGAGAAACUUUCCUUGAUCAACCUUAACUUGUCCUUCAAUGGUUUCAAUGGAGAAUUGCCUUUACACGGGGUUUUUGCAAACUCAACUGCAGUAUCCGUGUAUGGGAACGAUAAGCUAUGCGGCGGAAUACCUUCUCUACAACUUCCAAGAUGUCCGGUCAAGAAACUGAAUCGUAACUUCUCCUUUUCAUCCAAACGCAUCUAUGCAAUCGUGGGUGCUUCAAUACUAGGAAUACUAAUCCUAAUUUCAAGCUUGGUGUUUUACUUUCGGAAAAGGAAAAUAAAAUCCACCACUUUGGAAUUGUUGCCCAAGGAGUCUUUCGUGCAAGUCUCCUACGGCGAGCUUCUCAAUGCAACGGAUGGGUUCUCUUCCAGCAAUUUAAUUGGUGCUGGCGGUUUCGGCUUCGUCUAUAGAGGAGUACUCGAUCAGAUCGGAGAUGUUGCGAUCAAAGUACUUAACCUUGUAAACCCAGGUGUGACGAGUAGCUUCAUUGCAGAAUGUAAAGUGUUAAAGAACAUUAAACAUCGGAAUAUCGUCAAGAUCGUAACAUGUUGCUUAAGCAUUGAUUUUCAAGGUAACGAAUUCAAAGCUCUAGUUUACGAACUCAUGAUGAAUGGAAAUCUGGAGAAAUGGCUGUAUCCAUCUCAAGACACUAGUAAACCUGAGUUCAAUCUACUCCAACGUUUGAGAGUUGCGAUUGAUGUGGCUUCUGCACUCGAUUAUCUUCAUAAUCAGUGCGAACCCACGGUUAUUCAUUGUGAUCUGAAGCCAAGUAACAUUCUUCUUGACCAACAAAUGGUUGCACAUGUUGGAGAUUUCGGACUGGCCAGACUUUAUCAUUCAGAAAUGGGUAUUUCCCAUCACAGUAGUUCGAUGGGAGUGAUGGGCACAGUCGGAUAUGCAGCACCAGAAUACGGUAUUGGAAGUGAAAUGUCAAUGAAAGGAGAUGUUUACAGCUACGGAGUUUUGUUGCUAGAGAUGUUAACCGGAAAGAGGCCUACUGAUUUGAUGUAUGUGGAUGGUCUUAACAUUCGUAAUUUUGUUGGUCAAGCAUUGGCGAGAAACGCGGUUGAGCUUGUAAUGGAUCAGACAAUUUUAAAAAGUGACAUUGAUAUUAGUAAGAGAGACAAUUGUUUGAUCGCAUUGGUGAAGAUUGGGUUGGCUUGUUCGGAAGAAUUACCUCAAAAUAGGAUGUGCAUGACCGUUGUUGUUAGGGAACUACAACAUAUCAAAAAGGCCAUGUUCAAGUAAAAGAAAGGGUUCACUUUUAACUUUAAUUUUGUUUUGGUUAUUGUAUUUUCAUUAAACAAAUAAUAAAUUACAUCUUAGAUUA